ACAUAUAAUUAUUAAACAAUCUAAUGUGCGUUAAAAAUUAAUCUACCAAUUCAUAACGAUAUCAUUAGUGUUAAUAUUUUGCAAAACAAAAAGCUACUAUUCGAAUAACUAAUCUAAUGAAGGUAGCUCAAUAAAAAAUCGCAAAUUAAACAGUUUACUAACGACACGACGUGCGCUUGCACAUUGCUCGCAGUCCCGACCCGAUUUUUGCGCGGUUAACGUCCAGUUAUCGAUAUUACAUUAAAAAUGAGCGGUGCCUACUUUUUUGACCCGGAAUCGAUGCUAUCGUACAACGAGCAGUGGAAGAAACUUGAAGAAAAAUGGGGGAAGCCUAUCGACCUGGAUACAGAGGAUUUGGAAGACCUGACGCCCUCGAAACUUAAGCCGGUAUUCAGCUCCCUCGACCUGCGGCGUUCGACUUUUGACUCGUCGUUUAUCAUGAAGACCGUCCGCAAGAAGCUGGGGAGGCAGCUGUCAAAAAAGUCCUCCAACAUCGACUACAAGAAAUUCAUCCGGGAACUGCACGACGACAUCCCCGAAGAUGCUCCAAAGAAGCAGUUUUACUACAUCAGCGGUCAGAUACUGUCGGCGUUCUCGGUGGAGGAGAUCUGCGAGAAGAUUGACGAUAUUUUCAAGUCGGUGGAGAAGCUUUGCUCCGCGACCAGCACCAUCCGUCACAGGAAGAAGCCGCUGCCUGAGGUGGUGCACUGCAGCAUGUCGGUGGACGGGCUGUCCUUCGACGACACUGAGGACUCGCAGCGGGAGAAGCGCGACAGUGACGACGUGGACCGGUACAUCGAUGAAGCUUUCGAGCAGCUCAACUCGACCAUUGCCAGCGUGGCCAACGGAGACGUGGAAUUCGAUGAUGCCACUCGAGAUUCUGUCACAACCCUCGUGCACAAGUUUACUUCUGUUCUGAACAACCCGGUGAAGUGUAGCCCGAGGAGGAAGCGGCAGUGCAACGAGAGGUUCAGAGAUUUGGCUGAUUUUUGGAAAAAUCGCAUCAGUGUUGUGGAAGAAUGAAGAGUGUUUGUUCCUGUACCUACUUUUGGAAGAUGAAACUGGCAGAAAUAUGUAGGUGGAUGUGAUUUUAGACGUUUAGUUGUAAGUGAGUACUGAGUGUACUGAUUAAUUUUAACUUAGGUAAGCUUAGGUAACUUCUAACUUAUUACAAGUAUUGUGUACCUACUAAUUAUUAUUUAAACCAGGUAAUUAACUUUAAUUGUAUGUUAUGUUAAAUGAACUAUUAAUAGAUUUAACUUUCUUGUGUUACAAACAUUUAAUUUUAUCGUGUAAACUUGUAGAAUUUUUUAAUUGUUAUGUUAUUACAGUUAUAAAUAAAUAAUGUACUUUUUAGGAAUAAAUAAAAUUCUAAUAUUGUUAUUUCAAAUUGUUUUUAAUUAAAUAUUAAUCCGUCUACUUUGAUUAAAAUAUACGGUAUAAAAGUACGGUUUAUAAUUAAAUAUUGAUUUCAUACCUUAUGAGUUUAUUAGGUGCUAUGCACUUUUUAAAGGUUCAAUAAAUAUUUUAUUUAAAAGGCACAUAGCCUCGUAAGACCGAGAGGAUAAAAUUUACAAGAAGGGGGUAAGACCGAAGGUCCUUCAAAAAGAACUAAUAUUUUAUAGGUCAGUCCCAGCACUUCAAAUUAAAAUUUUGAUUUGUUACUUACUUCAUAUUUUCAUAUGGAACUUAUGGUUUUACAAACUAAAAAGUUAAAAUUGAAAUCUCAUUUGUAGGGUUUUAGCAAGAAUAGGUUAUCGAUUUAUAUCGUUCGUUCGUUCGUUCGUUUCAGCCAAAUGACGUCCACUGUUGGACAAAGCCCUCCUCCAAGAUUUUCCACAAUGCACGGUCCUGCACUGCCCGCAUUCCAGGCUCUUCCCGCUACCUUUACCAGAUCGUCGAUCCAUCUAGUAGGAGGUGAAGGAGUCGUUAUUUAUAUUUGAAGUUUUUGUUUUAAUAAUCGUUUUACGAUUUUUCCAACCAACAUUUUUUUUUACAUGACAAACUAUAUCGAUCGAAGGUCCUUUAUAGUGAACUAUAAAAUUGAAGGUUUAUAGAGAUCGGAACAUUAAA